AUGUAAACGUAUGAACGUGCAAUUUGAUCCAUAACGAACGUCCAUCACCCACCUGCUUCGAUUUCCUUCUUCUUCCUCAGCUGCUGCUGCUUCUUCUUCUUCUUCUCUCUCUCUUUUUUUCUCUUUCUCUUUCUCUUUCUGAAUUUGCAGCGAGAGCAGCACCAAAAGAAGAGAAAGAAAAAAAAGCAGGCGGAGGAGGCGAGGGAGAAAGCUGGAUUAUGAGAGAUUGUGCCGCUAAUUUGACCAAAAGUGGGAAUUUUGGCCGUCAAUUUGACCAAAGGUGGGAUUUUUAGGAGGAAGAAGUCGGGAGAGGAGGUGAGGUUGAGGGGGACAUGGGGAACGUGACGUCGUCGGUGGCGGCGCGGUUCGCGUUCUUUCCACCGGAGCCGGCCACUUACGAGGUAUUCCGGGAGGGGGGCGGCGGCGGCGGCGGCGGGGAGGGCAGGCUGCGCCUGUCGGGGUUAUCGCCGGAGAAAAACGUGGAGGUGCACGUGGUGGAGACCAAGGCCGGGAACCGGGUGGUGGCCACCUUCUGGCGCCACCCCGCCGCCCGCUUCACGCUCCUCUACUCCCACGGCAACGCCGCCGACCUCGGCCAGAUGCUCGACCUCUUCCACGAGCUCCGCGCCCACCUCCGCGUCAACAUCAUGAGUUACGAUUACUCGGGUUAUGGAGCAUCUACAGGGAAGCCAUCUGAGUUCAAUACAUAUUACGACAUAGAAGCCGUGUUGGAUUGCUUGAAAGAAGAGUACGGUAUAAAACAAGAGGAGCUCAUUUUGUACGGUCAGUCAGUUGGCAGCGGACCAACGUUGCACCUGGCUGCGCAAUUACAGAAACUACGAGGUGUUGUCCUCCAUAGCGCAAUCCUCUCGGGCAUACGAGUGUUGUAUCCUGUAAAAGUGACAUUUUGGUUCGAUAUCUUUAAAAAUAUCGAUAAAAUUCGAUUGGUGAACUGCCCCACUUUCGUCAUACAUGGAACUGCAGACGAUAUUGUCGAUUGGACUCACGGUAAGCGAUUGUGGGAACUAUCGAAAGAAAAGUAUGAUCCACUUUGGAUCAAGGGUGGUGGUCACUGCAACUUAGAGACUUACCCCGAAUACAUCAAGCACCUAAAAAAGUUCAUCAGCGCGAUGGAGAAGCUUUCCGCGAAACAAGCCAAACAAAACAGUCAACCGCCAUCGGCUAUUAGAGAAGUGAAACACAACAAGUGUUUACGAUUCGGGAAGUGACCGUGUGAUUAACGAUUCGGGAGGUUCAUCUCCAGCCUUGUCUUAAUUCUUUGAACAAUUCUUGCGGAUACGACAGGUUUCUAGUGGCGCCAGUCUUGAGGCCUAUAUGAUCAGCUGAAGACCGAUAACAAAAUAUCCAUACAGAAGGCUUCACGAUUUGUCUGAGAGGACACUGAAGAGUUGGAAGUGUUUUUUCGAAGAUCAUGAAGCAAUCAAGCAUGUUCCCAAGAAUUGAAUUCUUUGCAAAAGACUUUUUACUCUAACACUAGUUCUUUUUUGUAAGAUGUGAGCGAACCAUGUUCGACAUAGAUGAGAUUGUGUUCCUUUUGGGGGACAGCAAACAAGAGAUGACGCGAAGGAUGAGAAUCGGGUGAUCAUUAUAUUAGUCGGAAACUGUUGUCACUUGUAAAUUGAAGUAGAAAGAUAUGUAGGAGGAUGAUGCUAUCCAUCAGUUCUUUGAUGUUAUCCUUCUUUUUACCUCUAACCAAAGCUAGUAGGUUUGAGGCCAUUUGUGCCCUCUA